CCAGCCUGCUCUCACAGCCACCGGGGAACCUUUGUCACCACAGCUAACUCCUCUACCACCACUCGGCUUCUCAGAGCAGACGGCUGUUGCCAUCAGCUGUCCCCAGGGACAGGGCCUUCACCAUUUUUGUGCUUUGAUCAAGAUGUGGCAACCUCUUUCCCUGGGCCCCACAGGCCCUAGAAAGGGAGUCUGGUUCUAGUGGGACCAGCUCAGUCACCUCGUCAGUGCCAGGAGCCUGCUGGAAAGAGAUUGCCCUCUCACUUCUGGAGAAGAUGCAGACCCAGGAGAUCCUGAGGAUACUGCGGCUGCCCGAGCUGGGCGACUUGGGUCAGUUUUUCCGCAGCCUUUCAGCCACCACCCUCUUGAGUGUGGGUGCUCUGGCUGCCAUCCUGGCCUACUGGCUCACUCACCGGCCAAAGGCCUUGCAACCACCAUGCAACCUCCUGAUGCAGUCAGAAGAAGUGGAGGACAGUGGUGGAGCCCGGCGAUCUGUGAUCGGAGGUAGCCCUCAGUUGCUUACCCACUACUACGAUGAUGCCCGGACCAUGUACCAGGUGUUCCGCCGUGGGCUUAGUAUCUCAGGGAACGGGCCCUGCCUUGGCUUCCGGAAACCUGAGCAGCCUUACCAGUGGCUGUCCUACCAAGAGGUGGCCAACAGAGCGGAAUACCUGGGGUCGGGACUUCUCCAGCACAACUGUAAAGUGGGCACAGAGCAGUUCAUUGGUGUUUUUGCCCAGAAUCGGCCAGAGUGGAUCAUUGCAGAGUUGGCUUGCUACACGUACUCCAUGGUGGUGGUCCCACUUUACGACACCCUGGGCCCAGGGGCUAUCCAAUACAUCAUCAAUACAGCAGACAUCUUCGUGGUGAUUGUGGAUAAGCCUCAGAAGGCUGUGCUUCUUCUGGAGCACGUGGAGAGGAAAGAGACACCAGGGCUCAAGCUGAUCAUCCUCAUGGAACCACUUGAGGACACCCUGAAAGAGAGAGGACAGAAAUGCGGGGUGGACAUCAAGUCCAUGCAGGCUGUAGAAGACCAUGGCCAAGAGAAUCACUGUGCCCCUGUGCCCCCGCAGCCCGAAGACCUCUCCAUUGUGUGUUUCACAAGUGGCACGACAGGGAACCCCAAAGGUGCGAUGCUCACCCAUGGGAACGUGGUGGCUGAUUUCUCAGGCUUUCUGAAAGUGACAGAGAAAGUGAUCUUUCCGAGACAGGACGAUGUGCUCAUCUCCUUCCUGCCUCUGGCUCACAUGUUUGAGAGAGUGAUCCAGUCCGUUGUCUACUGCCACGGAGGCCGCGUGGGCUUCUUCCAGGGAGACAUUCGCCUCCUCUCAGACGACAUGAAGGCUCUGCGCCCCACCAUCUUCCCUGUGGUCCCACGGCUACUGAACCGGAUGUAUGACAAGAUCUUCUACCAGGCAGACACAUCAUUAAAGCGCUGGCUCCUAGAGUUUGCAGCAAGGCGCAAGCAGGCUGAGGUCCGCAGUGGAAUCAUCAGGAAUAAUAGUAUCUGGGAUGAACUCUUCUUUAAUAAGAUCCAGGCCAGUCUUGGAGGGCAUGUGAGGAUGAUUGUUACUGGAGCAGCCCCUGCCUCACCAACAGUCCUGGGAUUCCUCCGAGCAGCUCUGGGGUGUCAGGUCUAUGAAGGUUACGGACAAACUGAAUGCACAGCAGGGUGCACUUUCACGACACCAGGGGACUGGACCUCAGGGCACGUAGGGGCACCAUUGCCCUGCAAUCAUAUCAAACUCAUUGAUGUGGAGGAACUCAACUACUGGACCCACAAAGGAGAGGGAGAGAUAUGUGUGAAAGGACCAAAUGUGUUUAAAGGCUACUUAAAAGACAAGGACAGGACAAAGGAGGCCUUGGACAGCGACGGCUGGCUUCACACUGGAGACAUUGGGAAAUGGCUGCCGGAGGGAACUCUUAAAAUCAUCGAUCGGAAAAAGCACAUAUUUAAACUUGCUCAGGGAGAAUACGUUGCACCGGAGAAGAUUGAGAACAUCUAUAUACGGAGCGAGCCUGUGGCGCAAGUCUAUGUCCAUGGAGACAGCUUAAAGGCCUUUUUGGUAGGCAUUGUGGUGCCUGACCCUGAAGUCAUGCCUUCCUGGGCUCAGAAGAGAGGAAUCGAAGGGACCUACAUGGAGCUCUGCAAAAAUAAGGUUAAAGCCAUUUACAUCCACUCUGACAUGUUCUCGGUUCAGAAUGGUUUGCUGACACCAACACUAAAGGCUAAGAGACCCGAGCUGAGAGAGUACUUCAGAAAACAAAUAGAAGAGCUUUACUCAACCUCCAUGUGACGCUCAAGGGGCAUUUUUCUCAGCCUAAUGAACUUUGCAGCAAUAUUAUAAUUAUUCUUGAAAGAAAAGAAUCAAAAUGACAGCCGAAAAUAAACAAGCACCCAAUUUUACGACUGAGCCUUUCCUGUCCCAAGAAGUCUUUAACAAUAUUUUCUCUACCAUCACUUUAUUUUUAUUAAAUGAUAUUGUAGUAAGCUGCUAGAAAUAUCACAAAUGGCAAUGUAAAAAAAUCAAGACAUUUUCUCAAAGACUGUGUGCCACUAAAAGUAAUAUAUUCUCGAUGUUCACAGAAUUCCAUUAAAUGUAAAGGAAAAGCAUGACUGAUAUAUUGUACUUAAUUAUUUGUGGAGUAGUAACCAGACAGCAAAUAUCUAGGUGAUGUGGACUACCUCAUUAAAUAACUAAUUGUUAAAAAAAUCACAAUUACAUGAGAAUUAAAAAUUAAAGCAACAUGUAGAGAAUCAUCCUAAAACACAAACAUAACUCACAUUCAUGCUGACGCAGAUUCUUUAAACAUGACAAAUCCUUGUUGACUGUCUCUGAUUUUUACUUUUUCUCGUGAAAAGUGAAAAUGCAGAUAUUCUUCAAACAAAUGUUAUAUUUAACAACUGACAGAGAUAUUUCAGUACAUCUUCUCAUUGUAAUGUUCACAAGCUACCUACAGAAAUGUAGAUAAAGUAUGUUUGUGUUUAUAGACUUCCUACCAUAAUGACGUUUAAAAAAUGUCAUUUGCUGUUGACUGCAGCAAAUGGACUCUUGGACAAUAGUUGGGAGAAGAAAUUCAAGAGUUAUUUCUCAGGGUGGGCAGCAUUUAAUGUUCCUGCGUCCCUGCUGGGUCUUUCCCUUUUCCAUGCUCACUGUAUCUGUGACAGGCCUGGAAAACCCAAUAUGGCUGUAAUUCUGAACAAUUUUGCUUUCUUUUCAUAUACCUAUCAAGGCACAUUGUGAGGAAGAAUAGAUGUUAUUUAAAAAAAAAACUUUCCAAUAAUGUAAUAUGAACUUCAAAAAUUCCUUAGAAAAUUUGGUUGUAAGUCCAUCAUAGAAAAAUAUUUGUUACUGGCAUAAUUCUAUUCCUAGAAUCUUUAGAUGCUCCUAAGUUUAACCAUAAAAUCUUUAUUGCAGCCAGGCAUGGCAGCACACGACUUUAAUCCCAGUACUUGGGAGGUGGAGGCAGGCAGAUCUCUGUGAGUU